CCCUACACGGGUCCCGUAUACGACAGACUCUAGUGGCGGCCUCAAACAGCGAGAGCUAUCUGCUGCGCGCCUAGACGGUUUGCUUUCGGGCCAUUUGGCCACGAUCUACUCGCCCGGCGCCCUGCUCAGUCGCAAGGCAAUUCUCCAAGUUCCCAGCCCCCCCUGGGGCCGCCGCGCCUGUUCUUCAUGGCUUUCUCGAUGUCGACAAGAUGAACUCCCUCAACAUUAUCUCGGCUCGAGUAUCCCCUCCGCCGAGCCCAACACCCUCGAGGUCAAACUCACUCAGCGCCCUAGGGCUAGCAGUCAGCUCCGAGAACGACGGAUCGCGACAGAACCAAACCGAGAGCGCACUCCCCCAGAUCAGCGAGAAGGGCGGAUUGACAUCCGAACCAGACGAGUUCCAGCGAGAGGGCGCACCAGCGGACGACGGGGGUCGCGACUAUGCACGCGACGAGCUGGUUCCCCCAAUAGCUCCGGCGGAGGCCAAGGUCCUCAGCCCGCGGGGCUCUCUCUGGGUGGCUUACCCCAAGCGCAUCGCCAAUGCGUUCGUGAAUUCAAUACGGUGGAUCCUCUCGACAUUAACGGCUCCCGGCGUCUACUUGUACGCAUGCUUCUGCGACGAGAGCGGCAGCUUUGCGCCAUAUCGGCAACUUAGGAAACUGUUCGGCUUCUACGGUGGAAACCCAAAGAAGAUGGCCCUGGAUUACCAUGAAGGGAUAGCUGCGUCCGAAAAGAGCCGGCACGGCGUGGGCGGGUCCGCCAGUAAGAGCGGUCGAGGGAGUAGUAGAAGAUUGCGUGCAGUUGGUUCAAACGGUUCCUCGUCGUCAGGGCUGUCAUCGGAGUCGGAGUCAGAUCCCGACCGUAAAAAGCAUGGCGGCCGUCGAGGCUCAAGCGGAAAGCACUUACGCUCCCAGUCACUCCCAGAUUCAGACGCGAUGGCGCCGGCACAGAGAUCCAUAAGAAUCAAGCUCAGCUCCGACGACUCGCUGCGGCAGCGAAAACAUAGAAAAGCGCAGUCGACGGGAAAUGGGGGAUCUGGCGAUGGCGUGGGCGACAUCUCGGCUCAGCUGAAAUCGCCGACCUCUCCCGCCGGCGCUCUCACCAAGUACCCCAAGACCCCAGCACCGCCGCGACCGCUAAUACCGCGUCGGCAGCCCUCCUAUCUUAAUAAGAACGUAGAAAUGACCGAUGUCCGGCACCAGAAGACGCUGAUUCUCGAUCUGGACGAAACUCUGAUCCACAGCAUGUCUAAGGGCACGCGGAUGAGCUCGGGACACAUGGUGGAAGUACGGCUCAACACGACGUACACGGGCGUGGGUGGGCAGGCGACCAUCGGCCCGCAGCACCCGAUCCUUUACUACGUGCACAAGCGGCCGCACUGCGACGAGUUCCUGCGCCGCGUGAGCAAGUGGUAUAACCUAGUCGUCUUCACGGCGUCGGUCCAGGAGUACGCCGACCCGGUCAUCGACUUCCUCGAGACGGAGCGCAAGUACUUCUCGGCGCGCUACUAUCGCCAGCACUGCACCUUCCGGCACGGCGCCUUCAUCAAGGACCUCAGCUCCGUCGAGCCUGAUCUCAGCAAGGUCAUGAUCCUGGACAACAGCCCGCUGAGCUACAUGUUUCAUCAAGAUAAUGCGAUCCCUAUACAGGGCUGGAUAAGUGAUCCGACGGACAGCGACCUCAUGUAUUUGAUACCCCUAUUAGAAGGCCUGCAGUACGUGUCAGACGUGCGUGCACUCCUGGCGCUGCGUGGAGGAGAGGACGGCCAGCAUAUGACGUGAUUGACGGGAAAUGGUGUGAGAUGUUGCUAGCAGGGAGGGAGCAUUGGGCGUCGACAUCACUUUUUGGAGGGUGUACUUAAGGAGCAAGCAUUGUCAUUGAUAUUUGAUUCUUUUCUGAAGAGAGGGAGUACAAAAGAGGUCUGUCUGAGUCUCAACGUUUACAUUCCGCGCAAGCAGGUGAGCAGGCACGGAUGGAAGUAAUGGCGCUUGGUUCUAGCGAGCAGUAUCAUCAUUAUCGUUAUCAUGGAGGAUUAGGUCUGUAAAGCGUAUUGUCUAUAAG